CUUAAGGCUUAUCCUAGGCCACACAUCCAGAAUAGGAAAGCAAACGAAAGGCUGGGCCUCAUGUCUUUUGGCUAACCACACGGUCUUCUUCAACAUCACUUCUUCUCGGUCUGCAAAGUCGUUUAACUGAUAGAUAGAUUUCCUUCGUCUUUCUUUUUUUCUACUCUGAACUUUACAUAUGUAAAUGUCUUCGCUUUGUCCCUUCUUUCGACCUCUCCUUCCUCUAUGGAGGCACAAGAGCGCACGUUACUUGGUUAUUCUCCACUGCAGGACGAAGAUUAGCUUCAAACCUUGCGUGUUUUCUUCUUCAUCCAAUGAUGAUUCAACUUCACUUCCUAAGCAAAGCGAAUUGGGUUAUGAUCCUUCAGAGGUGCUAUUUGGACUCUCUGUUGAUCCAAAACCAAGCAAUGCCCUUCCAGAGGCACUGAAACCAAGAUCGUGGUUUGGCCCAAAUGGUCAGUACAUCAGAGAGCUUCCUUGUCCAAGUUGCAGGGGAAGAGGUUAUACUCCAUGUACAGAGUGUGGAAUUGAAAGAUCAAGAUCAGACUGUUCUCAAUGUAAUGGAAAGGGUAUAAUGACUUGUUGUCAGUGCUUGGGAGAUCGUGUGAUAUGGGAAGAGUCGAUUGAUGAGCAACCAUGGGAGAAAGCUCGUUCAAUUUCUCCACUCAAAGUAAAAGAGGAUGAUGAGGUAGACAACCUAGAUAUAAAUCUGGAUGUGAAGAAAAAAUCAAAGCGUGUUUACCAAUCACCAUCUCCUGAAGUUGGAUUGAAGAUCAGCCGAUCACUAAAAAGUCUCAAUGCCAAAACUGGACUAUUUAGUAAAAGAAUGAAGAUCAUCCAUGGUGAUCCUAUGCUUCAAGCUCAAAGGGUGGCUGCCAUUAAGAAAGCAAAAGGAACUGCUGCAGCAAGGAAGCGUGUUUCUGAAGCUUUGAAAGCUUUUUUUAGUGACCCAGAGAACCGUCGUAAGCGGAGCAUUUCUAUGAAAGGAGUUAAAUUUUACUGCAGGAAUUGUGGCCGGGAAGGGCAUAGAAGACACUACUGCCCUGAAAUUAGAGAUAGUUCAACAGAUAAGCGGUUCAAGUGUCGAAUAUGUGGAGAAAAGGGCCAUAACAGAAGAACUUGUCCAAUGUCAAGGUUGAGCAAUCAUAGAAGGCGUUGCAAGAUUUGUGGCAAAAGUGGUCAUAAUCGUCGUACAUGUCCUCGAGUGAAAGGGGUGAGAGACAUUUUGACUUUGGGAAGUAGAAUAUACACUUGCAGGUUAUGCCGAGAAAAAGGGCACAAUGUAAGGACAUGCCUUGGUAAAAAUAAAGCCAUCAAAUUAUGAUCUUCAAUUGGAAGAAGCAAGCGAGCAACCUGUUCCUCAGUGAUUGUGCUGGAACAGUAGACGAAACAACAGAAAUUAGAAAAGUUAUUUGUAGCACGUGAACCAGUUGCGUUGCGUCUCUAUUUCUUAAUCUUCCUUUGGCUGGAUUUGACUAUGGUGUCCUACUUUCGCUUUUGAUUUGAAGCUUAUGUGAACUGAUAGCUUAGGUGAAGUCAAACUCUCCAUUAUGAUUCGGAAAAUAGGAAAUUCUAAGAAGCUAUUUAGGAAUGAAAACAGUACAGUUUUUACUCUACAGAAUGCAAAUAUAUCUUCUAAACUGACUUCUUUUACCUGGUAGUCUCCAAGGUGGCCAUUUUAGAUAAAUUUAUAGUAUUUCUUGGUCGUAUUCUUCUGCUUCAUUGCUGUCAUUAUAGUUUACCGAAUGAAAUUAUAAAAUUCAUAAAUGGGGUGGGGGAAUUAUAUAUUUUUCUUGCUUCAUGAUUGUAUUAGGCAGUGUUCCAUUACUGUUUCCAGUGGCAGGAAACACUAAAUUAAAUUGACUCUGAACUUGUUAUGAUGUUAUAAUCUGUCUCUCCUUGAGAAUGUGGAGACUGAAAUGUUAUCAUAUCUUCGUGUAGAAAAGGUGCGGGACAGUGAUGCAGAAGCUUUCCAAUGAUGACAAAGAAACUAAACAUGACACUGGUUUGUCGCCAAAUACAAGGAUUCAUUGUCAGUCGAUAGACUUGGCAUUCAGCCAUUGUCCUUUCCUCAUAGAUUACAAGUCUUUGUUUCAUUCAUAGUUGACUGAUGAUCCCAUUAUCUUUACAUUCCACAUACACGAGUACAAUUUAAUUUAUGAUACAAAACAAAACCUGGGAUCGGUUGACAUCCUCUGCCUCUAUGUCAACAAUCAACAAAAUCGAGAGGAGAAAUAAAUAACUUAAUCUACUCUUUCUUGUUAGUUAAGGUAAAGAACUAAAGAAGGCAAGUUUGUUUUUUUUGUUCAAGGAAAGAUAUGACCCUUACGGAAAGGAGAGGAAAUCUUAGCUUAAAACUAGAGCUUCUAUGUCCUCAUAAAACCUCUUUAAUCAUUAGGUUAAGAA